UCGCAUCCUCCACCUCCACCUAGCCAUGUCCCGCCUCCGCCACUCCACCUCCACCGCGCCGAUGUUCCACCUCCGCCUCCUCCGCUGCCGCUUCUCCUCCAUCUCCACCUUGCCGCCGUCACGCUCAUGGUCUCCCCAUGCAGCCUUUGCCGCGGCCACAGAGCGCGUCAUCGCUGGGACGCUCAGCCCGGAGGACGCACACCGCCUGUUCGACGAAUUGCUACGGCAGGCCACUCCGGUCCCCGCGCGCUCCCUGAACGGCUUCCUCACGGCCCUCUCCCGUGCGCCGGACACCGGCGCCUGCAGAGACGGCCCCGCCCUCUUCAACCGCACCCGCCGAGAAGAGGCCGGCUCCCGGGUGGUGUCGUCCACAAUCUUCACCUACGGCAUCCUCAUGAACUGCUGCGGCCGCACGCGUCGUCCGGAACUUGGGCUUGCCUUCUUUGGGCGCGUCCUCAGGAUGGGCCUGAAGACAAAUGUGGUCGUCGCCACCAUGGUCCUCCAGUGCCUCUCCAGCGCCAAACGGACAGAUGAGGCUGUGGACAUCCUGCUACAUCGGAUGUCCGAGCUCGGGUGCGUGCCUGACGCCUUCUCAUACUCCAUUGUUCUGAAGAGCUUAUGCGAUGAUAGCAGGAGCCAGCGGGCACUCGACCUGCUCCACAUGUGGGAGAAAGAACGAGGUGUCUGCUCCCCCAACGUAGUGACGUAUAACACGGUCAUCCACGGCUUCUUUAAGGAAGGUGAAGUAAGCAAGGCAUGCAAUCUAUUCCAUGAAAUGGUGCAGAAAGGGGUUGAACCUAAUGUGGUGACAUAUAGCUUGACCAUUGAUGCGCUGUGCAAGGCCAGAACUAUGGACAAAGCAGAGUUGUUCCUCCGGCAGAUGAUUGAUAAAGGUGUUCAACCGAACAAUGUGACAUAUAAUGUCAUGAUCCAUGGAUAUUCCACUCUGGGCCAAUGGAAAGAAGCGGGUAAAAUGUUCACAGAAAUGACAAGACAGGGUCUCAUACCAGAUCUUGUUACUUGGACCUCGUUCAUGGCCUCUCUCUGUAAGCAUGGAAGAACCAAAGAAGCUGCCGAAUUUUUUGAUUCCAUGACUGCCAAGGGCCACAAGCCUGAUUUGGUCACGUACCAUGUUCUGCUCCAUGGGCAUGCAACCGAAGGAUGCUUUGCUGAUAUGAUUAAUCUCUUUAAUGCAAUGGCAACCAAAGGUAUUCUACCCGACCGUCAGGUUUUCAACAUUUUAAUUGAUGCACAUGCUAAACAUGGAAUGAUGGAUGAAGCUAUGCACAUAUUUACUGGAAUGCAGGGGCAAGGAGUGUGUCCAGAUGUAUGGACCUAUUCAACUCUAAUAUCUGCACUUUGCAGAAUGGGUAGGCUGGCUGAUGCCAUGGAUAACUUCAGUCAGAUGAUUGGUAAGGGAGUACAACCGAACACAGUUGUUUAUCACUCCCUAAUUCAGGGUUUCUCUACACAUGGUGAUUUGAGGAAAGCAAAGGAGUUGGUUUAUGAAAUGACGAACAAAGGUAUUCCUUGUCCAAACAUUGCAUUCUUCAGUUCUAUAAUGGACAGUCUAUGCAAAGAAGGAAGGGUUAUGGAUGCACAUGAUAUCUUCCACUUGGUUACAGACAUAGGUCUGAAACCUAACAUCAUUACGUUUAAUACGCUGAUUGAUGGAUAUUGCUUAGUCGGUGAGAUGGAGAAAGCAUUUGGAGUACUUGAUUCCAUGGUAUCAGCUGGCAUUGAGGCUGAUGUUUUUACAUAUAAUACACUUGCUUAUGGCUAUUGUAGAUGUGGAAGGAUUGAUGAUGGGUUGAUUCUCUUCAGAGAAAUGGUGCAAAACAAACCUAAGCCCACAACAAUCACAUAUAACAUCAUACUGGAUGGGUUAUUUCGUGCUGGGAGAACAUUUGCUGCAAAGAAAAUGUUCCUUGAGAUGACCGAAACGGGAAUAACAGUGAGCAUUUCCACAUACAGUAUAAUACUUGGAGGACUUUGUAGGAAUAAUUGCUCUGACGAAGCGAUCACCCUAUUUCAGAAAUUAGGAGCAAUGGAUGUGAAGUUUGAUAUUAAAAUACUCAAUACCAUGAUCAAUGCCAUGUUCAAGGUUCGGAGAAGAGAAGAAGCUAACGGUUUGUUUGCUGGAAUAUCAGCCAGUAGGAUGGUACCUAAUGCUUCUACCUACAGCGUAAUGAUAGGAAAUCUUCUAAAAGAAGGAUCAGUGGAAGAAGCUGAAAAUAUGUUCUCAUUAAUGGAGAAGAGUGGUUGUGCUCCAGACUCUCGUCUUAUAAAUAAUAUCAUCAGAAUAUUAUUGGAAAACGGUGACAUCGUCAAGGCUGGAAAUUAUAUGUCUAAAGUUGAUGGCAAGAGCAUCUCACUUGAAGCUUCAACUACUUCGUUGUUGAUGUGUCUCUUUUCAAGUAAAGGGAAAUAUCGGGAACAAAUCAGUUUGCUCCCUGUAAAUUACCAAUUUUUCAAUGGAGUCAGUUGAUGCACUGGACUAGCCAGAUAAACAUUGGCAAUUUGGCAUGGUUUGGAGCUCCCUCUCAAUGAUGUCGACAUGAGUUCUCUUCCAUGCGCUCACAAGAUCGAGCUGUGUGUUGGUGCCAUCCCAGCGUUUUGGCCUGAUGCAUGCCGCUGCUGGGCGUGCAUCCUAUGGACAUCGCCCCUAAUCUGCAUGCCAUUUCCAUGCUCAAGGCAUUGCCUUGAUGUUGUUUUUCCUUAUGUUCGCUAGAGGGAGCAAUGUGGCCAGCGAAUUUCACAUUUUCUUCUCUGUUGAUAGCAGAACUCAAGUUGCAGUUGAUAUAAAGACCGUCAAUUCAUUCCAUAUAAAUUUGUCGCAUAUCUUGUUCCUUUUUAUUAAUUAUAUUUAUUUGGAAUUCGAUAUAGUACCGUAGAAUGUCGCCCAUAUUUUGGACAGAUCUCAGUUGACUUCUCAAAUUUUGGAUUUGUGUCAUCCAAGCACUCUUAUUUUAUCUUCCUUGGGCAAAGUUCUUGUUACAUUAUGCACUUGUGUCAUCCAAGCACUCUCAUUUUA